UGUUAUUUAUAUAAAUAUUUGUAAUAAUGUUUAGAUUCAUUGCAUUGUCUGCUCUGUUGGUCGUAUGUGCCGCCCGUUCCUAUAAUGGUAUGGGAGGUGGCUAUGGUGGCGGUUAUGGAGGCGGUAAUGGUGGUUAUGGUGGUUAUGGUGGUCACUCUAUUGAAUUGCCCGUUAAGUCGAGCCAUAGAAUCGAAGUGAUUCCUGUCCACAGUUCAGGAGAGAGUCACGCAACCUAUGUUGAUGUUCCCGGCGGUGUUCUCCCAGUUUACAUGACUUUCCGCACCCAAUCGUCACCCGUACACGUGAAUCAAGUACACAGAGGUAGCAAAGGCUCGUACCAAAGCUCGUCAUCAAAGGACGAACCACAUGUGUUGGUCCACGAAGUGACUAAACCCGUGAUCCAAGAGCUCCGUGAAGUGAUUACUCCAUUCAGAAAGGUUGUCCAAGUUAUCGAACCGGUCAGAGAGGAAGUGCUCACAAAAGUACAUAAGGGAGAGCGCGGCGGUUAUGGCGGCAAUGAUGGAGGAAAUGGAGGUUAUGGUGGCAAUGAUGGAUACAAAGGAGGGUAUUAAACAAUAACACUCAAUGUAUUUACGGACUGACACUCAACAAAUUACCUCCUUUUUUAACUCACGGACCCAUUGAAUCCCUUAUACAUCCCUAUCUCUCUCUCUACACAACACAUCCACAAAUUG